AUGAAUGAUAUUAUAAAUACGAAAUUCAAUCAAACUAAUGAUCGUUUAGAUUGUUUAAUACCAAUGUUAUUUCAUAAGACUCCAGGAGUUAUUUUACUUAUAGGUGAAAAUGAAUCUCUUAGUGCACUAUUUAUUGAUAUGUUAAAAAAAGGUUCUCAUAAAGGAAAGUCAAUUAAAAUAAAACCAGAUGGAAUUUAUCAAUUGCAACAUAAUGAUCAAAAGUUUCUACAAUUUGAUACAUUAGAAAUUCAAAGACGUUAUGAAAAUCAGCCAAGUGAUGGAUUUACCAAUACAACUAAAACUUGGCUUAACUGGAUGCCACAUAUACGAAUAUUAAAUAUUGAUAAUGAACUCUUGUUGCAACUUAUCAUUAAUAAUAUAAAUAUAGAUCAAUUUUCAUCUUUAGAAGUAUUAAUUGUUCGCCAAACCAAGAACUCUCUUCUUGUUGAACCAUUGACAAUCAUUACUCGUCUUGGUAUGUCAUCUUCACUAUAUACUAUUCAUAUACAACAAUAUAGAGCAAAUUCUCAAUUGACAAAUGUCGAUCCAAUUAUAGCUAUAGAUAAAAUCUGUCAGAAUAUACGGAAACUAAAAGUUAUGUCUAUUGAAUUUAGCAAAGAUGCUUUAUUUAACAAUCGAAUACUGGAAAAUAUUAAUGAUAUACAAAAAAAAAACUGCCGUUUGAAAUAUAUACAUAUGUCAAGUGAUUAUAUUGAAUUGUGGUUUAGUCAAUAA